AGUACUAAAGCAUACAAAUUAAACAUCACGAGACAUGGUCGUUUAUGAACUAAUUCAAGGUCGUGACAACCACUUAAUAUAUUCAAUAUAUAUAUAUUCUUCCAGUCUCUAUUGUGUUCACUUCCCAUAAACGUUCCUUCCUUGUUGCUGUUCUGCAAACAUUCUCUAUUUUUGGCUCAUUUUGCCUUUGGAUGAAAUGGGUUGGAAGAUAUGGCAACAGGGGUGGAAGCGGCCAUUCCAUCUCCUCACAACCACCCUUCUCGGCCUUCUCCUCCCCCUGUCGUUUCUUCUUCUGGCCAGGCUCUCCACUGCCCAUUAUCUCUUCACUUCUCUCCCUCAUCCUUAUAAACCACACCCUUCCUCUCUCUUAAUCUCCCUCUUCCUCUCUAUAAAUCCCACUAUCCCCCACCUCCUUGUCUCCCUAAUUAGCAUUGCCACCCUGAUCCACGCCUUGACCGGCAGGUUUAUUGUCCUUCCAAGCAAGUCAACGUUGUGGGUUCUUCUAUGCACGCUGCAAGUUCUUGUGGGUUUGGGCAUUGAAGGGAGCAUAGCCGCCGGAAUCGACGGUUCCGGGGGCUUUGGCAGCGGCGGGACCAGAAGCAUUCUAGGCUCGGCAGUGUUCUUUCUGGGCUUGCAUGAAACGAUGCUCUGGUGGUCAAGGACAGUGGUGAAGCCGGUGGUCGACGACACGGUUUUUGGUAUUCUUGCGGAGGAAAUUAGGUGGGCGGAGAGGGUGGCAAUGGCGGCUGCCCUUGGUGGGCUGUGGUGGUGGAGAUUGAGGGACGAGGUUGAGUCGCUGGUGGGCAUGGUUGAGGUUAAGAAAGAGCUUCUGGUGGCUGAUUUUAUUGGGUGGUGGUUGUACUAUUUAACUGUGACGAUUGGAAUGGUUAGGAUUGUGAAGGCCAUUAUGUGGUUUGGUGUGAUAUUGCUUUGUAGUGGGAAGGCAGGAGAAGGAAAGCUAUCUGAGUCCAACCUCGGAAAUGAAGACAAGGUCUAAAUUCUGAUAAUUAAUUCUUGUUGUUUUACUUGUGACAAUUGGAAUCAUCAUUAGGAUUUAUUUUAAUUCAUCAAAUAUAAAUAUACCCCCCCGUCUGUCUAG